ACAGCGGGAAGAGGAGAGAGAUGCUCAGCCACAUCUCGCAGCGGGAGGGGAGGGGGCUGAAGCCUCGGAGCUCUCCAGUAACAGAGACAGUAGACGGCACUGACUCACGCAGCACACACUGUGGACUCUUCCAGACCUGCAGCUGAAUACCCCAGCGAGAGGACGAGGAUGAUGAACGCAUAAAAAGAACUUUCUUCACGUUUUUUCUUUCCUUUGGAGGAGGGGAUAUUCUCUUUUAAAUCUAUCCCGGACAGCAGCCUUUUAACUCCGAGCUCCAAAUAAAGUCAAAGUGUGUUUUAGUAAUUCAUAAACACCAGAUGGCGAUGAGUUGAAAUAUGAUUAGAGAGAGUGUUGGGACGGGAGCAGGUGUUUUUUUCUCUCUCUCUUUCUCUCCUUCCCACGUUUACUCCUAAAAUCUGUAAAGGAUCUUUUUUCUUCUGUGUGAGCGUUUGUCCUAAUUAUUAUUUUUUUUGACAAAUUGAAUUCCAUCAACCGAGCCUCGGUUCUUCUCCUCCUCUUCUUCUCCUUAUUUUUCUACCACAACCAAAUCGCAUCCACCUGCUAAAAGCCAGCCACCGAGGGUACAAGAGUACAGCCUGCCUGCGAGCGGUCAAAGGAGAUCAAAACAAUCUGCUGAAGGAUGCUACUUCAAUAGACGGUCCUAACAGCCGCUGCCAAAAUGUUCAGGCGAGGUUAUGGCGGGGUGGAGUUGCUGCUGGUGCUGUGGGGCCUGGAUCUCUCUGCGCCCUGCCCCCGUGACUGCAUCUGCUACACUUCACCUAGCACCGUUUCUUGUCAGGCCCACAACUUCCAUGCCGUGCCCGAGGGCAUCCCCGCCAUGAGCGAGCGCGUCUUCUUGCAGAACAACAAGAUCCAGCGGCUGCUCCGGGGCCACUUCUCCCCCACCACCACCAUGCUGUGGCUUUACUCAAACAACAUCUCCUACAUACAGCCGUCCACGUUCCACGGCUUCGACCGGCUGGAGGAGCUCGACCUGGGGGACAAUCGUCACCUGAAGGCCGUCGCCUCAGACACCUUCAUGGGCCUAGGUCGCCUACACGCCCUGCAUCUGUACCACUGUGGUCUGAUCAGCCUGCCUCCAGGGAUCUUUGCUGGCCUGCAUAAUCUCCAGUAUCUCUACCUACAGGAUAACCAAUUAGAGUUCCUAGAAGAUGAUUUAUUCAUCGACCUCCUGAAUCUAAGUCAUCUCUUCCUGCAUGGAAACCGACUUUGGAGUCUUCGCCAGAACACUUUCCGAGGACUGGGGGUCUUAGACCGACUCCUUCUGCACCAGAACCGAAUCCAGUGGGUUGAUCGGCAGGCUUUCCAUGACCUUCGCCGCCUCACCACCCUUUACCUGUUUAAUAACUCCAUCACCGAGCUGUCCGGUGCCACGCUGAUGCAGCUGCCGGCACUAGAGUACCUGCGUCUGAACGACAACCCCUGGGAAUGCGACUGCAAGGCCCUAUCACUCUGGGACUGGCUGCGGCGGUUUCGGGGCUCCACCUCCACACUGAUCUGCAUUUCACCACCAGAGCUGGCAGGAAAAGACAUGAAGACCGUAAAGAAGGAAGAACUACCCAGCUGCUUGUCAAAUGAGGGCCACGGAAGAGGUACCUCAGGAGGGGAGAUGGAGCACGGUGACUCUUUAAACCACCUGAACCGCCACAGAAACCAUCACAACCAUCACCAGCGGCCAUAUCUGCCGCACGGGGACCAGUACAGUUUGCCUUCACCGCCACCCCUGCCACGACCGCCAAAGGGAAGCCGCAAAAACUGCACCCGCCGAGGCCGCAAGGCAAAAGGGGGGCUCAAUGAGGUGCAGGUACUUCAGGAAGGGGGUGAGAAGGACUACUCUCCAGACGAAGUUAAAUACGACAUGUCUGCAUCCUCGAGAAGGAGGAACAAAUGCAUCCCCAGAACUUCUGUUGGUCCACCAAGUGGAGUCCAAAGAGCUAAUAAUAACAGAGGGUCCACCUCAUCAGUAUAUAUUCCCUGUUUGUCAUCAGCUCUUCUUCUGUCAAUCUAUUUUGUGAUCCUACGCUGAAACAGGAACAGACACUGACUUGCUUAUGAUGCAACCUUAUGAUUAAUUCUUAAAAAAAAAAAUUAAAAAAACACCAUGUCCUGGCUAUUUAAGGAGAAAUGUAUGGAUGACCAAGUGCGUACUUGACACUGUACUGAGAGUAUUCCUGUGGUAAAAAUGCAGGUAUCCUCAUAGGUGAAAGGAUUCAAGUCAGGGAGAACAAUUCAACCCACUGUUUUGAUGAUGUCAGCAUAGAAACAACAGGGAAACUUCUUUCUCUUUGGCAUCAGACACCUCAUCAAAUUCAUGUACUCAUGAAAACUGUACAGCCUCAUGAAAUAAUGAGCCAAUUAUUCAUUCAAAUAACAGUGAGAGAGCACAGCAAGUAUCAAAACAGUUAACCCUCUUGACUCAAUAGUGCUCUCACAGCACAGCCUGGAUCUGUCACUCACGCUAGGACAAAGGCAGUCAUUUAAAGCUGUCUUUUUGCUCACUCAACGGCACCUUAAGAUCAAGAAACAAAGUACUGCUGACACUGGUGGCAGGAAAAUGAGUCAUUGUGAAGAGUUUCAGUGGUAAUAGCUGUAAUCACUAUCAAUCCGCCAGCAAAUUGGUUCUGCUCCCAUGUUUCACGGCAGUUUUAAUGCACAUCUGUACACUUUGGCAUCUAAAUAAUACAGCUGAAAUUGUCAUACAACAAUAUAACUGUCAAUUCGUCAAACCGGUCCAGUUGAAAGCUAUCAUUUGUCCUCGGCUUUGCAUACCAAGCUAAAAGCCACGCUAAGCCAACAAAUCGUUCUAAAAGCCAACUGGUCCCAUUCAGUGUCCUAGAGUGAGUGAAUAUUUCUGAUAAACCGUUGCAUGACUGUGGCUGUAUAGUGGAGACAGAAAAAAAAAUACUCUAAAGCCAUGCGGGUAGAACAAAGCUAGAUAACAAGAGUGCAAUGGGAGCCGGUUAUAUGUGAGAACAACAUCUGGAGGCAGGAGAAAAUUGUAUUCACUCCCCUACUUCUCUUCCUUGAGCACCUGUCUGUAGGCCAAGAAAAAGAUGAGGACUUAGCCGAAGUCAUUUCAUUUCUGAUUCACCGAAACUGAUGUGCACUUCUCUCUGCAAUGCUGUGGAGGCCUGUGUAUUGUUUCAAAGCACCAUUCAGUCCAAACAGUCACAAGCAAACAGAUUCUGGGUCACAGGUCUGAUCAGCCUCUGUUGAGGGAAAGGUUAGGUCAGAGUCCGAGAAGAAUGAAAAAGCUUUUGGACUUCGCAUCUCUGGCGUGUUAACAAGGACUUGUUGAUCUGCAAGCCUGUUUGAAAAGUUGGAUUUUUAUUGCUGCUAUGUCUUAAGAGAGAACAUCUCUACGACCCUUUUGGAGGCUAUGGGAUCUUCUUCAAGAAUCAUCGAUGACAGAAAGGACUGUGGGACACAGCACCCUCUUUGAAAACAGGGCUGUUCAAGCAUGGUCUUUUCCCUGAAGAAAAAAAUAAAAUAGAUCCACCACCUUCACAAGCUCACUGCAAUCCUCUAACUCAAGUUAGUCCAGGUUGAGCCGCGGACCAGAUCACUCGCUUUUUUCCUUUAGAUAUUCUGUUUUACUAUGUAAAGCACCUAAAGUCUCAAGUGCUUAAUUGCAAUGGAUAGAAACUAAUUGGUAAAGCAAAAAUAUUUUAUCAUUUUCUACAGCACAAUGAAGAAAUGUCAUCUUUAUUUGAACAAGGUCCUCCUCAUAAGUAGAGAUGCACCAAAAGAAAUUGACUGGAGACAGUGGGUGGCCGGUUUUCAACUCAAAGCGGCUAAAAAAAAAAAUGUGAUUGCUCUCUGAUCUGUGAAUAAGCACUGCUGGGUCGUGCUGCCGAGAACAGGCAAGAGAGUGGAUGUUGGUACUGAGUGAAGAAGACUCAAAGUUAGCUGUCUAUCAGGAUCAGGUUUGAAAAUGAGAGAGUCAACACAGAGUUGUAAGAAGCUUAAAAACAAACAGUACUUUUUUUUAAAAAUGUGAUAAACAAGUUGUUCACUUUUCUACAGACUCACUUUGAUAUGAUAUCUGUCUACUCUAAUUAGCGCAGUAAUUACUCAUAACUUCACAGGCUCCCAUCUCAACAAUAUUCUAACUAUCCCUGUUAGGUAAGAAUCCAAAUUCUCUUGGCUGUACACACAGAGACUGCUAUUUUUAUAAGACUAGUCAUGCUAACCAUACUAAUUGAUAACAUACAAUAUUAAACAGUUGUAAAUGUGAACUCUGUUAUAAUGUUGUCUUUGCUUUAAAAAUAGCUGCAAAACCUUUUUAAAAAUCUCUGUCACAAACACAGCGGGACAUUCCUUCUCAAUUGUAAAUCAUUUUCGACGACCACAAGGCAGGAAGGCUAGAUGAAUGCUCUCAAUGCUAUUCUCUUCUUAGAAAUGAAGAUACGUUUAAAGCUUUACAAAAACGGAGAUCAGAUUGGCCACAAAGUUCUGGUAUGUGCAUCUCUACAUAUGAGCAAACAAUGGCUAAGCUAAAACAAAAUAUUACAAUCAUGACAGGCUAUUAAGUAAAAAAAAAAGCACAAAAAAAUAUUGGUGCAGUUUGCCGACUACCUAAAACAAAUUGGUUCGUAGGGGAAUCCAAGGGCAGGGGCCAUAUAUUUAACCCGCUUCUGUGUGUUUCCAGCUGAGCCUCACCUUUUUCGUGUCUAUCCAUCUCGACGUCAAGAACAAUAUAGUGUCCCUGCCCUAACAAAUAGGAUCAUAGGUUCCUAAUACCAGUGAACUUUGUUUGUGCUGCUGUAAACCAAGAGGUGAUGUAAAUUGUGUCAGUUUAUUCUUGUGAGAAUGACUUUUGUAACAAAACAAAAAUGAUAAGAAAAAAAAAAGAA